CGCUGCCGCCGCCCCCGGCCCGGCCGCGCUUCCGCCCGCGUCAGCUGACUCUGCCAGGCAGCGGCCCGGCCCGGCCCGCGCAGCCCCGGCGCGCCCACCCGCACCAUGGCGGGGGUCGUGGUGAGCGGAGCACAGGUGUCCUACAUUAGUCAGGACUGUGAAGAAAUUCCAGAAUUCCUGGGAAGAAAAUAUGGACAUAUGGCAAAAAGGCUGGAUCUUAGCUUCAACUUGUUAAGGUCACUAGAAGGACUGAAAACGUUCAGUUACUUGGAAGAGCUGAUCUUGGACAACAAUCUACUGGGAAAUGACCUUCUGUUACCCAGGUUACCCCACCUCCACACCUUAACACUCAACAAGAACCAAAUAACAGAAUUGGAAAGCCUUUUGGACCACUUGGCUGAAGUUGUGCCCUCACUGCAGUAUCUCAGUUUGCUUGGAAACAUUGCUUGCCCAAAUGAGCUGGUCUGCAAAGAGAAGGAUGAAGAUGACUACCAGAGAUACAGAUAUUUUGUCCUGCACAAAUUGACAAACCUGAAAUUCCUCGAUACUCGGAAAGUGACGAGGAGGGAGAGGGAGGAAGCCUUGAUAAGAGGUGCCUUCAUGAAAGUGGUCAAGCCCAAGGAUGCUAAGGCCUCCAGUGCUGCUGCCUCUGCCUCUCCAGAGAUGCACUACACACCUCUGCCUGCUGGAUCCAGGGACCUCACCAACCACCGAGGCGUUUUGGGGAAAUGUCGCUACAUUUACUACGGAAAACAUUCCGAGGGUAACAGAUUCAUCCGAGAUGACCAGCUGUAAAACACAGUGCUGUUCCAUGCCUCUUCAAUCCCUCCACAUAAGAAGCACAAAUCACAUCUACAUUUUAAGCAUGUAACUAAAGUCCUCUAGUGCCUUCUGCUGACUUUGCCGAGCCUGUCAAGAUCAUCCUUCUACCUUACUCUGAGUAGUCACAUAGAGAUUGACAUGAUUGCCUUUAAGCAGGUCCCAUCCACCAGUGUGACAGACAGCUGCAGCCGAGCACCCAGCCUGACAGGAGGAGCUGUGUGAUGGAUUGCCUGCUCCUAGAGCUGUGCAGGAGAGCAGGGGUCACACCUGGGGCUGGGCUGAGCCCGCUCCGUCCGCAGCGCCUCCGCAGAGCACCGCCUUUAUCUCUGCCCGGCCUGUUCAGCAAGGGGUGCUGAUACCAAAGUGUUUAUAAAAGAGAGAGCCUGUAAUUUCAGAUGAAAAAGCCCUUAUCUGUUCUUAUUUUUUUCCCUGUGAAUUAAGUGCUUGUGUUUCUAUCAUCUCAUACAUGCUUACACAAAUCCUUUCACAGCUUGGUAGUACACUCACCCACCCCCAAAUGAGCCUAGUUGGAUUAUUUUUUUCUUUCAACAGUACCCUGAAAAUUCCCUGAAAUAUGUAUCCUGAAAACAUUUUGGCCAUGCAAAGCACUGUCAAUUUGUGUACAUGUUUAUAUGCAAAGGAAAAGGAUUUAAGCAAUUUCCCAGGCAAACAAAUUUUUCUAAUUCUUGGGUCACAUCUCAUCAUUAACUAGCUCCUAACUUCAGAAAAGUGAACAUUUCUUUGUGCUGUAAAAUAAUGUCAUAGCUGAACUGUUUACACUUGGAAGAAGUCCUUGUUGGUGAUACUGACAGUGUGUAUUAUUCCUGGUUUAUUGCACAAGGUGUUUUUAACUUGUAGGGAUUACGUUUAGAAUUAAAUGCUUGAAUUUGUGGGAAAAAGUGCUUAAAAGGAGUGAUAUAAAUCUGCCACCAGAUGGGUGUGAUUAUUCAGAGGGGAGAAAAGUCAACAAAAGUAACUGGUGGAAUUAACAUAAUUAGCAGCUUUACUAAUAUAUUAGAGAGACAAGUUAUGAAUAAUCCCUUUUGAUAUCUAUGUAAAAAAGGCUAUUGACAAAUUUUCAGUCAAAAAACUAAAAAGGCAUUGCAAAUUUCCUGCUUUUCUGAUAAAGAGCUUGGACAUACUUAGAAUCAUGAACUUGUUGCUGUGGAAAUAAAAAAAUCCCAUACUUCAUGCUUAUACUGCUACUUGAUGCAAUGGGAUUGGCCAAGAAUUAUGAAAAAAUUCUGACCUCUUGACUGUUCCAAACCCAUUCAUAUGGAUCCCAGUUAAGACAGAUCAGUGCCUAGCUGUUCUUGGUUUGUUUGAAAUUACUUGGCCCUGGCUAAAAAAAGUUUUUAGAAACUGUCUACUUUGGGGGCUUUUAUCAGCUGGCAUUACAGGUGGAAGUGAAGUGGACAUGGGAGGCAGCCGUGGAAGCAGAUGUGAAUGAUGGAACAGUCACAUCUGGCUGGGUGCCAGAGGAGAGCUUUGCUGCUGCUCAGCAUCUUAGGCCUCACUCAGUAAAUGGAAGCCUUUGCUCACUCUGAAAGUGUAUAAUAAAUCUUUAACAGAUACUUAAAAUCACUGAUGAGCAUAGAACGAUCUAGUUCACACCACUUGUAGCUCAAAUGGAGCUCUGAGCUGUUUGAUUGGUGUUUUAGCCACUUGUAAUGCCUCCUCUAAUGUUGUACAUGACUACAGAAGAAAUGCCAAUUCACAUUCCAGGUCUGAGGAGAUACCAGAUAAAUGAAAACUACAUGCCUUUUUCUUUAAUCAAAAAUAAUAAUAGAAAUAUUUAGGGCACUUGUCAUCUGUUUUGGUUACCAAAAUAACAGCAAUCUUAGUUUGUUCCUAUCACGAUGUCUAUUUUGAAGCCUCCACACAUUUUGGCUAUGGCAAUGUUACAGGCAGCAGAGUUGGGAAUAGGGGUGUUUAGAAUAACCUAAUGUCACUCUCAGUCUGUUUGCAUAUAUGUUCUUGUCUUUAUAAAAGGCUUUAACCCUGCCUCAAACAAUAAACAGCACUUGCAAACUGA